AUGGAAGCUUUAAUAAAUGUCCAAAAAAAACUUAUGACUUCCAUAAAUAAGGCUUUCAUAAAUUUUAAAAAAUGCCCGAAAGAUAGACUGUCACCCGAGUAUAUCGAAAUCCGGUUAGAUAAUUUAGAGCGGGAUUGGUUGCUUUUUAGGGAUAAUGACAAUAAAUUGUAUAAUAUUCCAGAACUAUCUGAAUUUGUAAAUACAGAAUAUGUUAAGAAUGGUAUGUAUGACGAAGCCGAAGAAGUUUAUAUCGAGUGUAAAGCUCACAUGAAAUUAUGUUUAAAGAAGCUUAGCGUUACAAGUUCUUCGGCUGAGUCACAUAUUAAUACGACUUUGUGCAGCAACCAAGGAAAUAAUUUAGUAUCAUGCGCUAAGUUGCCUAAAAUUUGUAUUCCUACUUUUUCCGGAAAAUAUUCCGAGUGGACAACGUUCCACGAUAUGUUCUUGUCUCUCAUCCAUAAUAACACCGCAUUGGAUGAUGUACAAAAACUGCACUACCUAAAAGGUCAUCUCACGGGUGAAGCGGAGUUACUUAUUCGUCAUACACCUAUCACGGCAUCCAAUUAUACUCAAUGUUGGUCUCAACUCGAAAAAAGGUAUAAUAAUAAGCGUUACUUAGCGAAUUGUAUUCUUAAAAGAUUAUUUGGACAACGACGUUUAUUUACAGAAUCGGCUCCAGCUCUAAAAGACUUGCUUGACACAACCACUGACUGUUUAAGCGCAUUAAGUAACUUAGGCAUAGAUGUUAAUCAAUGGGAUAUAAUCAUCAUACAUAUAGUGACUUUUAAAUUAGAUAGUGAAACGCGAAAACAUUGGGAGCUAACUAUUUCUAACUCAGAUUGCAAUGAUAAUGAGUUACCUACAUUUAUACAAUUUUCAAGGUUUUUAGAAAGUCGAUUUAGAGCUCUCGAAUUUAUUGAACCAAAGGGUCAGCAAAGAUCAUUAGUACAACAUAACAUUGGCUCACACACUCAACCAAGGGCACUAAUUGCCACAAAUAGUUCUACCAUGCUCUGCGAAUAUUGUUCUGAAAAACAUAAACUGUGUUUUUGUAGCGAGUUUGCUCAACAAGAAAUUGACGUUAGACGCGAUUUUGUAGUAAAAAAUAGAAUGUGUUUUAAUUGUCUAGGAAGCAAUCAUACUAGUUAUAACUGUCAAAAUCCUGGUAAGUGUCGAGUUUGCAAUAAGCGCCAUCACACACUUUUACACUCUCCUACAGAGCAAGAACGAGAUCUUACAAAACAACCGGUAGAAUCAGUCAAUCUUUCUACUAGUACUAAUCAAAUAACAUCAUGUAUUUCUACUGCUAAAGUUAUUAAAACUAAACAAGUGUUAUUAGCCACUGCAUUGCUAAAGGCACAAACAAAGACAGGUGAAUUUCAAUUGAUAAGAGCUUUAAUUGACCAAGGCUCACAGGCCUCUUUUAUAACUGAAUCAGCUGUGCAAUUCUUACGUUUGAAGAAAAUUCCUGUUAAAGGAAUGAUAUCUUGUUUAGGAAAUUCCAAGACCAUAAAUGCUACACAUAUGGUUAUCACUAAUAUACAAUCACGUAUUGAUCCUCAUUUUGUUAUUCAAAUACACGCUUAUGUCCUCAAUAAUAUUACGUCAUAUCUACCUGAAACAAAAGUAGAAUCUCUUGAUUGGUUAGAUAUAAAGGGUAUAAAUUUAGCAGAUCCGCAGUUCAACACUCCCAAUAGAAUAGAUAUGUUACUGGGUGCUGACAUAUUUAGCUGUAUUUUGAAGGAAGGUAUAAGAAAGAACCCAAUUGGAAACCUAGUAGCACAAAGCACAAGUCUUGGGUGGAUUCUUUCGGGCGUGGUCGAAACAACAGGAAAAUGCAAACCUGUUAAUAUUAGUAUGUCCUCUAUGCAUGUUCGGGUUAAUGAUGAUGAAAUACUAAAGAAAUUUUGGGAAAUUGAAGAACAACAACCUCGAUUAAGUAAGUUACCAACUGAGGAAGAACAACGAUGUGAAGAAUUUUUUAGAGCUACAACUACAAGAACAGAGUUAGGAAGAUACGUGGUAAGUCUACCAUUCAAAACUGAAGAACCAUUUUGCACCGGAGGCAAUUCUAGACACAUUGCGAUAAAAAGGCUAGAAGCAUUAGAGAAGAAAUUAGACAAGGACAACGACUUGAAAAACAAAUACACUGAAGUAAUAAAUGAAUACCUUAAAUUAGACCAUAUGAGACCUGUUAAGGAAACUGAUGAUAUGACGGAAUUCGCUGUAUAUUUGCCACACCACGCUGUAGUAAGAAAUGACAAAUCUACUUCAAAAGUACGUGUAGUUUUCAAUGCGUCAAGCCCAAAUAAUAAAGGAGUUUCUUUGAAUGAUACUCUCAUGGUUGGACCAACUCUACAAGCUGAUCUGCGUCAUAUUAUUAUGAGAUGGCGAUUACAUCCCAUUGCAGUAGUAGCAGAUAUUAUUAAAAUGUAUCGUCAAGUAAGGAUCAAUGAAAAUGAUGCUAUAUUUCAAAGAAUUGUAUGGCGCAAUAAACCUGAAGAUGAAAUAAAGGACUAUGAGUUGGUAACGGUGACAUUUGGAACAGCUUCCGCACCUUUUCUAGCAGUACGAGCCAUGCAUCAAUUAGCUUAUGAUGAAGGUAAGCAUUAUCCUAUAGCUGCAGAUAAUGUCUUAAACAAUUUUUAUAUGGACGAUCUGAUGUCAGGUUGUUCAACAGUUCAAGACGGUAUAGAACUAUACACACAACUAACACAAUUAUUAAAAAAAGGAGGAUUUCAGUUACAGAAAUGGAAAAGUAACGAUAAAGAUCUACAGAAGCAAAUAGAAAAGUGUGAGGCGGAAGAAAAAAGAGAAUGGAAGGAAAAUGAAAACGUAGACACAAGUACAAGUGAUGACAUACAUAUUACUUUAGAUGACACAAUAAAAAUACUGGGGCUUACCUGGAAUUGUGAUAAGGACUAUUUCCGAUAUUUGGUUCACCUCCCGGCAUUAUCAGGACCUGCAACAAAAAGAUCUGUCCUAUCCGAUAUAGCGCGUUUAUUUGAUCCUUUGGGCUGGAUCGCUCCUGCUGUAAUUUUAGCAAAAAUAUUUAUCCAAAAGCUUUGGUUAUCUGGAAUAGGAUGGGAUGAAGUUCUUUCCACAAAAUUAUUGAAAGAAUGGGAAACAUACCGUGAAGAAUUACAACAAGUUUCAAAGGUCCACAUCCCUCGAUGGAUUGGUACCGCAACUGAUAGCUCUAAUGUAGAGCUUCAUGGAUUUUGUGAUGCGUCGAAAUUAGCAUAUGCAGCUGUAAUAUAUAUUAGAGUUCUUGAUAGUACUGGAAACGUCAAAACUUCGUUACUUGUUGCUAAAACACGUGUUGCCCCAGUAAAACAAGUGAGUAUCCCGCGUUUGGAACUAUGCGGCGCCGUGUUACUUGCCAAAUUAUUAUACGAGACAACCGAAGUCUUACAUAUUGAAAAGAGUAAGGUCAAAGCAUGGACAGACUCUACAAUAGUGCUUUCAUGGUUGAAUAGUCACCCAAGUAGAUGGAAGACAUUUGUAGCCAAUAGGGUUUCAGAAAUAUUGAAUCUGAUAGAUUCAUCUCAUUGGCAUCAUGUGUCUUCAAAGGACAAUCCCGCUGAUUGUGCAUCCAGAGGAGUUCAACCGGCUUUAUUAUCAGAAUGUAUGCUUUGGAUAUCCGGUCCUUCAUUUUUACAAAAUAGUAUGAUAGAAUACAAACGGCCAAUAGAUUUGGAUACACAUGUAGAAGAAAAUGUAAACGUACACAUUGCAAUUGUUACGACAGAAUCUUUUCUUUCGAGAUUUUCUUCCCUCUCACAGUUAUUAAGAGUUGUAUCUUAUUGUAGACGAUUUUUAAAAAAUAAUAGAACGCAAAACCAUUAUAUACAUAAGACAGAAUUGGAUCAAGCCUUAAAGUGUUGCCUUAAACUAGCUCAACGAGAAGAAUUUCCAGAAGAGUACAAUCACUUAACAAAACAGUCUCAUAAUAGUGAGAUUAAAUCCGGAAAAUUAAAAUCAUUGUGCCCGUAUUUAGAUGAAGAUGAAAUCAUAAGGGUGAGUGGCAGAUUACAACAAUCUCAAUUGGAAGAAGAUACAAAACAUCCUAUAGUGCUUCCUCACUCUUCUCCUUUGACCAAAUUAAUUAUAGCUGAUGCACACAACAAAACUUUACACGGCGGACCCCAGUUGAUGUUAAAUUAUUUGAGAACGGGAUAUUGGAUAAUUGGGGCUAGAAGUCUUGUCAAAAAUCAUGUCCAUAAAUGUGUACGAUGCAUAAGGUAUAGAGCAAAUAUAAAAACUCCACUCAUGGGAUCGCUUCCAUCUGUACGAUGUUCUCCAGCAAGACCAUUUAUUCAUAGUGGGUUAGAUUACGCUGGACCUAUCAAUAUAAGAGUUUCUAAAGGAAGAGGUAAUAAAUCAUACAAAGGUUAUAUUUGCGUGUUUGUAUGCAUGGUUACUCGUGCUACUCACUUGGAAAUAGUCAGCGAUAUGACUACAGAAGCAUUUUUAGCGGCAUUUCGCAGAUUUGUAGCACGAAGAGGUCAUUGCUUAAAGGUAUUUAGUGACAAUGGUACAACAUUUGUAGGAGCAUCAAAAGAACUAGAUAAAUUACGGAAUAUUCAGCAAUCAAUAGCGUCACAUGUAGAAACGAAUGGUACAGAAUGGCACUAUAUACCACCCCAUGCACCUAAUUUUGGGGGAUUAUGGGAAAGUGCGGUCAAAUCUACUAAAUAUCAUUUGAAGAGAAUACUAGGAGAUUCGACUUUAACGUUUGAAGAGAUGAGUACACUUUUGUGUCAAAUAGAAGCUUGCUUGAAUUCACGUCCUAUGACAUUUCUUAACAAUACAGAUCCAUCUGAACCAACUGCGUUGACUCCAGGUCAUUUUCUAGUAGGUGAGCCAUUGUUGUCGGUACCUGAUUUUAAUUUCGAAAGAUCAAAAGUAAGCUCUUUAACAAGAUGGCAAUUAAUUCAAAGGAUGUUGCAAAGUUUUUGGCAACGCUGGUCAAAUGAAUAUCUCACAACAUUAAUGCAGAGAUAUAAAUGGACUAAACAAAUACCCGCGCCUAAACUCAAUGAUGUAGUUCUUAUUAAAGAGGACAAUCUCCCUCCAAGUCAGUGGUUAUUAGGUCGAGUAGUCGAAACUCACCCUGGAGCUGACCUUGUAACUCGUGUAGUUUCUAUACGCACCAAAUCUUCUAUUAUAAAACGUCCAGUUUCGAAGCUAUGUAUCUUGCCUGUUACGGAUUAG